AUGCUGUUUGGUAACUUUGAGGAGAAGUGCCAGCACUCCACGUCCUCCCUGGUGUGGCAGGCCUUAGGGGGCAAAGGGAGGGGGGGACAUGAAAAGCCAAUUCAGGCCCAGCACAGCCCAAUUCCGAGGCUCCACAGCGCAAUUCGAAUACCUCCAGCGAGCCCACCAGAACAAUUCAAGAUCUCGACAGACCAAUUCUUUUGUCAGAAUAAAAUCCAGGCUAAUUCUGCGACAGAGCUCUUCCCUAAUUCCAGCCCGGAUCCUACCCUCCUGGCUGUGGACCCUAGAGUUUCACUAUGGACGAAGCUCUGGGACCUCGAUGUGCCCGUCAACGCGGAUAUCCGUGAUAUCAUGCAAGUGGAUGAUCAGCGUGGUCUUGCGAAGGCAAUUUUUGAGAUGUUUCACUCCCGGCAUGAACACCUAGUUACCUAA